UUCUUUCUCUCCCAAUCCCACAUACGCACUCUCUCCAAAGCAACAGGCGAGAAGAAGGAAGGAGCGACCCAAAAAGCGAGGGCAACUUUUCAAAAAACUACUGCAACGAGGGAAACUUUUCUUAAAGAUGUCCAACGUGUCGGUUUUGCUGACGGAUUGAUUGUUUUUUUUAAAAGGAGAAAUCAGGAGGGGAGGACGCGCUUUUUUUCCUUCUGCUUCCACCGUAUGAAACGUCACAAAUCUGCCUGGGUUUUUACAGAGCAGGCGCUUCUGAGCUGGAGUGAUUUAAUGUCCCCGGGUCUCUGUGCAGGGCAGUGAAGGAUGCCAGGAUGCCCCCUCUGAUCGCCCAUCUGCUGGUCAUCUGGCUGAGCGUCCACAGGCUGGUGUGGUGCACGGAGCGCUCCUCCACCCGGGAGCGCUUCAAGGUGGUCAUCUCUCCUCUCAUCUGCAAGAGGAUCUGUGUUAAGGGCCAGUGUCAGGAUACCUGCGAGCAGGGCAACAACACCACGCUGAUCGCGGAGAACGGCCAGGUGGCAGACACGCUCAUCGGACAGGGCUUCAGGGUCGUUGUGUGUCCCCUGACGUGUAUGAAUGGAGGAGUUUGCAGCUCGAGGAAGCACUGCCUUUGCCUGCCUGGCUUCACCGGGCGGCUCUGCCAGUUUCCACUCCAUCACACGCAGCAAGCUCAGGCAGCGCGGGGCAACAAGCAGCCCAUCUACCCCCUAUCUUUGAAGCCAGACAUCCAUAAGCAACUGGAGCAUUUAAGCAUAUCGCGUACACAGUUGAUGCAAACCCACUCAGUUUUCACCCUACCCAUGUCACACUCUUCUGAAGUGCAGUUAAAUGUACGUGUUCACCACACGCCAGACACCUCUGUAGUCAUUCAAGCUCUCGACCAAUCAGAUGUCAAGCCUCCUCACAAGACAGGGCCUCGUCCGAUCCCCUCCAGACACAAACCGAAGGGACGCUGCUUCCAGGAGACCACACCCAAACAAGCUUGCAACAGCACCCCACUUCCUGUUCUGACCAACCAGGAGGAUUGCUGCGGCAGCGUCGGGAAUUCAUGGGGACAACACAAGUGUUACCAGUGCCCCAAACUGCCAAAUGCAUCAGUCAAGCAUACCAUUGUGGAAGAGUACGGCUCCACCUGUCCACAGGGCUAUAAAAGAUUCAACCGCACUCACUGUCAAGAUAUCAACGAGUGCUCGAUGCAGGGUGUCUGUCAGAACGGAGACUGUCUGAACACACUGGGCAGCUUCAAAUGUACCUGCAAGGCGGGUUGGGUGUUUGACAGGAGUCGAUGUGUUGAGUCCCAAGCUGAGCAGGCUCAGUGCUUCCUGAUAGCCUCUGUUGUCCGGGGCUGCGAGCACGCGCUGGCCACCCCCCUCACCCAGGAGAUGUGCUGCUGCACGGUGGGAAAAGCCUGGGGCCGCAACUGUGAAAGAUGUCCUCAGGUGGGCACAGUGGCCUUCAGUAAGAUCUGCCCUGCUGGGAAAGGAUACUUGCUCCAAACUACAAUAGAGACCAUGGCCUUCCCUCCCAUCAUCUUCCCCCCUAAGCCCGAAAAGGAGGAUCCACUUCCAGAGAAAGUGACUGAACAGCCUCCUACUAGCACUACCAGUCGCCGUGUGCCCGUUGUUAAACCCACCCCGCCAACAAUCGUGAGAAUGACCCCAGGCAAUGACCCCUUCGAAACACAGACAAAAGUCUUGCCAGAGGCAGAUGAAUGCAGGCUAAGCAGGAACAUUUGUGGUCGCGGGGAGUGUGAGAACAGCCUGAACGGCCACAUCUGUCACUGUCACCCUGGCUACCAUCUCAACCCGCAGAGGAACAUCUGUGAGGGUAAGAGACAAUG